AUGUCCCCAGAUAUGCAGUACAGUUCUGUUGGAGUCUCUUCUGAGCAGAUUGUCACCGAGGCCCACAUCCCAGUUCCUGCAGUGGUUAACAACUCUUUGUCGAACGCUCACUUUCCCAGUGACUUGCAAUCUCUAAACAACCCCAGUUUGAGUCCCAGCAGCAGCAACAAUGGUUAUACCUUGACCAUAUCUCCUGGAAUGACACAGUAUUGGACUCCGCACUGUGAAGAUGAAAUCAAACCAGUGGCUGACAUGACUUUUAAAACAUUGGAUGCUGAUGCGGGGGAAGGUCCUUCCCAUCCAAAGCGGCAGAGGGUUUCAAACAGAACUGGUUGCAGAGCUAGGAUUAUUUUUAAGUACAUUGGAGUAGUUGGGUACCAAGUUAAGACAUUUAUUGAAAAACAUAAUCAUAACAUGUCUUCAGUUCUUGCAAGGCAGUUCUUAAAGGGAAAUAGAAACAUCUCUAUUGUUCACCAGAAGUUUAUACUAGAUUGUGGUAAAGCAAAUAUUGGAGCAUCAAAAUCACACGAGAUGUGCCCUGCAUUUGCUUUUCACUACGAAGUUGAUGAAGAUAAGCAAAUGAGUAGAUUAUUUUGGGCAGAUCCAAUGUCAAAAAAGAAUUUUGCUGCAUUUGGAGAUGUUGUCUCUUUUGAUGCUACAUAUUCAACCAACAGGUACAAUAUGGCUUUUACACCCUUCACCGAAGCAAUGGGUAUGGAAACAAGAAUAAUUGUCACUGAUCAAGAUCCAGCUAUGAAAGUGGCAAUUCCAAGAGUUUUCAAGCAAGCCAGGCAUCGUUAUUGCAUGUGGCACAUUAUGUGUAAAGUUGGGGAAAAGGUUGGUCCUAUGUUGAACAAGAAUGAAGAGUUCAAGAACACACUGAACUCAAUUGUUUGGACAUCAUCUUUGGAACCUACUGAUUUUGAGAAACAGUGGAGAGAGCUCAUGGAAAUGUACAACUUAGUCAAAAACAAUUGUUUUACAACUAUGUUUGAGGCAAGAAACCAUUGGAUCCCAGCCUAUUUUAGAGAUGUUUUUAUGGGGGGUCUACUCAGGACAACGUCUCGUUCCGAAAGUGAGAACUACACGUACAACCGUUUUACUGGCCCACAGUCUAGCCUAGUUGAAUUCAUGAUGAACUUUGACAGUGCUCUUAAAUCACAACGUAACACUAAUGCAAAGCUCAACAGUGACAAUGAAGGCAACAAUCCAGAUAUGAAGACGCCUUUGGGGAUCGAAAAACAUGCUUCAAUUGUCUACACCAUUACUGUUUUCUAUCAAGUUCAGGAAGAAAUAUGUGCCUCCUGUUUCAAAUGUAUGGUGUUGAGUGUUAGAGAAGAUGGUGGAAUGUUACACUAUGAUAUUAUGGAUGGAAAGAAUAAAAUAUUUAGUGUGGUGCACAAUGUAAAUGACCAUGAGGCCACAUGCAGUUGCAAGAUGUUUGAGAUGAAUGGACCAAAGGAUGCGAAGAAGAUGUUGCUGAACAAACUGUGGGCAGAUGUACACUGUUGUAUUGAUCUAGCAGGUUCAAACAUGGAGCAAUUGGCUGCAUUUUUGCAAGUGAUUAAUGAACAAAAACAGCUGCUAAUGUCAGGAAAGCAAAAGUUAUCCCCUCAGCACAGCAGGAAGACUGUUAUAGAAUCUUUUUGUGGAUCAACAGAGAUUUCAGAGAUCAAUAUACUUCCACCGAAAUAUGCAAAGAACAAGGGCAGUGGCAAACAUAUCAAAAGCAUCAAGGAGUUGGCAAUGGAAAAAGAAAAGGGAAGCAUGAAAGCAAAGAAGCACUUCAUGGCCCUGACUGCCAUACAACAAGGAGAAACUGAGACACUAAAAGAGUUCUUAAAAAGAUGGCAGAAGGAAGUACAGGCUGUGGAAGAUCUAGAUGAUUGA